CCAUUUUACAGUGAAGUUAAAUUUUUCCCUUUUUAGACACAGCAGAAUGUUGCACCAAGAAAACCGAACUACUAUCUCCAAAUUCUUCCUCCUGGGACUAAUGGUGGGGUCUGAACAGCAGCAGCUCAUCUUCAUGUUGUUUCUAUGCAUGUAUCUGGUCACCAUGGUAGGAAACUUACUUAUCAUCCUGGUUAUUAUCAGUGACACUCACCUCCACAGCCCCAUGUACUUCUUCCUUGCCAAUCUAUCCUUCACUGACAUCUGCUUCAUAAGCACUACAGUCCCUAAAAUGUUGGCUGACAUUCAAAGCCAGAGUCCAACCAUCUCCUUUGCAGGAUGCCUUACACAAAUGUAUUUUUUUAUGUUCCUGGUGGACCUAGACAAUUUCCUUUUGGCAGCUAUGGCAUAUGACCGGUACAUUGCCAUCUGUCACCCAUUACACUAUGCUGCAUUACUGAGUCCCGAGCGCUGUGCCCUGUUGGUUGUGACUCCAUGGGUUAUUUCCAACCUUGUGUCAGUACUGCAUCUCAGUCUGCUGAGCCGCUUGACUUUCUGUGAUCAGAGAGCAAUCCCACACUUCUUCUGUGACCUGGAACCCAUUUUAAGACUUGCUUGCUCAGACACCCAAAUCAACAACUUGAUAAUCCUAGCCAUUGGGGGAGCAGUUAUCUUCAUCCCCUUCACCUUAAUUCUUGUCUCCUAUGCCCUUAUUGGCAGAAGUGUGCUUGGGGUUUCAUCAGCCAAGGGGAAGUGGAAAACAUUCUCUACAUGUAGCUCCCAUUUCUCAGCUGUGUCCCUUUUCUAUGGAUCCAUUGUUGGGGUCUACUUUCUCCCCUCUUCUGCAGAAAGAGAUAAGGUGGUUGCUAUCAUGUAUACAGUUGUGACCCCCAUGAUGAACCCCUUCAUCUAUAGUCUAAGGAACAAGGACAUGAAAAGAGCACUGAGGAGACUACUCAGCAGGAAAAGCUUUUUCUGGAGAUGGUGA